UUCGUGACUUCGCCAACAGCUGAUUAUUGUAAAGCUUAGAGCUGGGGAGACAUCGCAUUUUAGGAUAUUAAAAUUCAUUGUAAUUGUAUACAUCUAUUAUUUUUAAAAACACUAUGGCAGAGACAGAUCCCAAAUCGGUGCAGGAUCUCACAGCAGUGGUGCAGACAUUGCUGCAGCAGAUGCAGGAUAAGUUUCAGACCAUGUCAGACCAGAUCAUCGGGAGAAUCGAUGAAAUGAGCACGCGUAUUGACGAUCUGGAGAAGAAUAUAGCAGACCUGAUGACUCAGGCAGGGGUGGAAGAGGUUGAAGGAGAGAAUAAGGUCAAAGAAGGAGAUGCCUCCUAGUAGAGGAUGAAACUAUGCUGAAACUAUAGACACUCUUCAGAAGCAGCAAGAUUUUCUCUAUGGUGACUAACUUGUUGAUUUGAUGCUUUUUUUAAACUUAGUAAAGUCAGUUCCAAUAUCGUGACUGUACUCCUUUUCCUGUAAUGGACUGCUGAAAACUUUUUACAAUAACAAUGAACUAGAACUGAACUUUGCUUUACUGUAAUAACAGCACUACCCCAAGUGCCAAUCUAACACCAUUCCAAUACAGUUGAAUAUGUUGUUAAAUUAAACUUGUUUCAUAAAAUA